AUGUCCGGCAAACAACAGAUCCUCCGCUCAGAGGUUAUCCUCGAGAAAUAUGCCAAGUCCCUUGCCGGAAAAACAAUCCUGAUCACCGGCAUCUCCAACGAUUCCAUCGCCGGCGAACUAGCAGUUCAACUGGCAACCGCCAAUCCCAAACUCCUCAUCCUUAGCGCGCGUGCCGAGUCAAAGGUGACCGGAGUGACAGAAAAGAUCAAAUCAAUUAACCCAAAUGUAGCUACACGCUACCUCAACAUGGACCUCAGCGACCUUGCCGCUGUCCGGAGGGCUGUGGAUGACAUAGCCGAUGUACCUACGAUUGACCACCUCGUCUGUGUGGCUGGUGUCAUGACCCCGCCAUAUGGCAAGACGAAGGAUGGCAUCGAGCAGCAAUUGGCUGUUAACUAUCUGGCGAACUUUCUACUUAUCAAGUUGCUCUUGCCGAAGGUUCAGGCUGCUGGGCCUUCUUCGUCUGUUGUUGUUAUGGCUUCAUCGGCAGUCCGGGUGGGGAAGAUGAAUUUUGAUGAUUAUAACUUCAGUGAUGGCGCGACCUAUGACCCUAUGGCGGCAUACGGCCAAUCGAACGCAGCAAGAGUGAUGUUCAUCAAGAAACUGGGCGAGAAGUUGAAGGCGCAGCAGAUCCGUGCUUUCAGCGUUGACCCUGGAGCCGUUAUGACCGGAUUGCAAAGAUACUGUCCUCCCGAGUUUGAGCAGCAGGUUGCCGAAUGGAAGAAGGCUGGGCCCAUGGUUGACAUGGACGGGAAUUCAUUUGAAAUUCCCCCGUGGACUACUACUUCUGAAGGUGCUGCUACUGUCAUCACUGGCAUGAUAGAUCCGACUAUUGCGGGGUAUUCCGGCUCUUUCUUGAACCAGAACGCGGUUGCGGACAAUGAAUUGCACUCGCACAUCACGGACGAGGGCAACUGGAAACAACUGUGGGAUCUCAGCGAGAAACUGACUCAAGAGAAAUUCACACUUUAA